AUGGAUUGACGACCAAUUUCUUCAAAAAACAAAAAAUAUUACAUAUUGUCAUUCAAAACCUAGAAAAAAAAAACUGAAAAUGUCACAGCUAACUCAACAAACAUAUCGUCGUUCAAAACCUAAUAUGUUCAUCGUUGUUCGGAAAAAAUAUAAAGACUAGCACAUUACCAACACAAUUUUGUUGUUCACAACGACACUAUUCCGAGAGAUUGUUCAUCGGGAAAAGUUUCCUAUAAGGAAAGGUAUAAAGACUCACGAUCAAUUCAACAGGCAAAAGAUGUGCAGAUAGUAUUCCCACUCGUGAAAAGGAAUGCAUUGAUACUAUGUGUACUUUAUACAAGAAGAGUACACUUCAAAACUGAUUCAAAACUGCUCUGCCUACAUGAGAAGUCACAGGUUGGUGUUGGUGUCCUUGAAAACACCGAGAUGCAAAAAUCAGGUAUUGACAUAGUUGACAAAGACUGAAAAACCCUACAAGGACGAGAGAACAAGAUCUUAGCAAAAAGAUAUUGAUGCCUGAUACGUACGAAGAAAUUUUCAGGUUUAACUGGACUUCUGAUCCUUUGAUUUCAUAGCAAGGCACAAAUUAAUAUGACAAAGCAAAUUUAACAAAAACCAGCUGGGUGGAGAUUCUUUCCUUGGUUAAGGCAAAUGCUGGAAUGACCCAUUAUUCUUUCCUCUAUUCCUUCACAUUCGUGCCUAGCUUGUAUGAAGUCUUCAUUCUACAUGAGUGUUUGCUUCAAUACCAAAACCAGCACCGUCUCAAUCUCCCUUUGUUUCAAACUUGUCGCAAGGCAAUGGCUGCCGUUGUCAAUCUCUCCAGCAUUGCACCGAGUCAGAGAAUGUGCUUCAAACCUAUGGCCGGACCGGCCAUUGGUUCCUUGACGAUCAAAAGGACAUGCAAGUUUGUUCGGCAGAACAGAGCUGACGCAAAGCCGCAUAGCAUCUAUGUCAAAAGGAAGGCAGAAAAAAACCUCUCCAACAUCAGCGGGCUCUUUCCUAUCAUGGCUGCAAGGGGAAUUUCAACUUUUUCUUCGGGAUCGCUCUCCCCAUCCGACACGAUCAAUGACUUCUACAAAUGCAUCAAUGAGAAGAACUUGAAGCAACUAGGUCACUACAUCUCAAGUGAGUGUUGCAUAGAGGAAUGCUCCUUUAGCACACCAUUACAAGGCAAAAAGGUAAUAAUGAACUUCUUUGAAGAGCUAACUGCAGCCAUGGGCAAUAAUAUAAAGUUCAGCAUACAACAUGUGUGCGAAGGAGGUGAUCAGCUUACAGCAGCAGCAAACUGGCACAUGGAAUGGAAAGACAAACAGAUCCCAUUCACCAGAGGCUGCAGCUUCUUUGAAUACUCAAAAGAAGGAGAAAAACUAAUUAUCAAGAAAGCACAGAUUGUUAUUGAAUCACCGAUCAAACCAGGACACCUAGUACUGGUAACUCUUUCAACAACGAUCUUAACAGUUUCGACUUUCACCAAGCUUUUAUUGAUGUAUGAUUUUGCUGAUGGACAUCUCAGAGUCUUUUGAAGGCAGUGACCUCUCUAUUUGAUGGUUUCCCAAGAGCUACUGAAUGUAAGUGAAGUUUUAAACAAAACCUCAGACCUCAAUUAUUAAUUACAUCACAGAUUUAUCAUGACAUACCAUCGAUAUGUCUCCUGCAGGGUUCCUAAAAAGUCCUCAUAUUGUUUUCCAAUGCAUAUGGAGGAUAUACAAAAUGAUGUUUGCACCAAUUAUAGAAGGCUACAUAGGGCUUUGGAACAUCGCAAUUCGAUUGCUCAGCUAUGUAUACAACAUUUUGCUUUACAUUUCAAACAUAUUUUUCAAGUAGAGAACUUGUUUUGCCCUACAGUCAAGCAAUUCCAUUAAGGAGAUC